ACCCCGCCGCCUCGCGCGGCCCCGGCCGGCCACCAUGGAGAACGAGCAGCUCCCAGCACCCCCGCAGCCGCCCUCCAGCAGCGCCGGCGGCACCGGCACGACGCCCAGCAGCACCGGCACCGGCCGCCCGCCCGCCCCACAGAUCUCCGUCUACAGCAGCAUCCCUGACCGCCAGACCGUCCAGGUGAUCCAGCAGGCGCUGCACCGGCAGCCCAACACGGCGGCGCAGUACCUGCAGCAGAUGUACGCCGCGCAGCAGCAGCACCUGAUGCUGCAGACGGCCGCCCUGCAGCAGCAGCACCUCACCAGCGCCCAGCUCCAGAGCCUGGCGGCCGUGCAGCAGGCCAGCCUGGCGGCCAACAGGCAGAGCGGCUCCUCGGGUGCCAACGGCACUCAGGCGGCACCGGCGCAGCAGCCCACGAUCAACCUGGCGACGUCGCCAGCGGCCGCCCAGCUCCUGAACCGGGCGCAGAGCGUCGCCCCCGGCGCGUCGGGCAUCGCGCAGCAAGCCGUGCUGCUGGGCAACGCCGCCUCGCCCGCCCUCACCGCCAGCCAGGCCCAGAUGUACCUGCGGGCACAGAUGCUCAUCUUCACGCCCACGGGCCCCGUGAGCGCCGUCCGGCCCGAGAGCCCCGCGCCUGCCCCACCACCGGCCCCGCCGCCCGCCCCACCACCCGCUGCCCCCCAGGUGCACAGCCUGGCGCUGCGCCCCGCCGGCCCCCACCUCCCCGCCCUCGCCAUGAAGCCCCCCGGUGGCUCCCCCCGGGCCGCCCCCCCCCGGGUCCCCCCACCUGAUACCCCUGGCGACCACCUCAAAAAGGCCGAGGGCCCCGAGGCCCGUACCCACCCCCUGGCCCGCGCCGCCGCCCCCGCAACCACCCACCCGCUCGUCACCCCAGCCUACGCCCCACUGCAGCCGCCCCAGUUCCUGCAGCAGCCGCCGAAGCCGAUCCAGCAGCAGUUUGUCAUCCAGCAGCAGCAGCUAGCGCCCCGCGGGCAGCCCCCCCCGGGGCCGGCCGCCCCCCAGCUCCAGCCGCUGCCCCCCGCCAGCCCCGGCCCGGUGCCCCCACCCAAAGCGGGGGCCAGCCCGGGGGUCCCCCACGGUGCCGGGGCUGAUGGCGCUGCCCCCAACGGGCACCCCGGCUGCCACGGGGCCCCUCGCAAGUUCCAGCACGCCUCCGCCGUCAUCCUGCAGCUGCAGCCCGCCGGUGCCACGCCCCGCCUCUUUCCGUGCCCCUCCCCCGGGGGGUUUCUCCCCCGCCCCGGCGGCGCUGUGCGCAUGCGCGCGCUCGUUGGCGGCGGCGGCCAAUGGGAGCUCGGGGGCGUGGCCUCGGCCCGGCCCCGCCCCGCCCCGCGCAGCCGCCGCCGCCGCCCCGGCCCGGCCCGGCCCCGCCGCCGCCUUUGUCCCCGCGCCGCCGCCGCCGAGCGCCGCCCGCGCCGCCUUUGUCCCCGCCAUGGCGCCGCCGGGGCCGCCGCGCCGCUGAGCGCCGCCGAGCCGGGCGCCGACCGCGUUCAUGCGCAGCCCGACGCCAGCGCUCCCGGCAUGACCUCGGGGAACGGGAGCUCUGCCUCCACCGUCGCCGGCGCUGCCCCGCACAAUGGUGAGAACAAACCGCCCCAGGCCAUAGUGAAGCCCCAGAUCCUGACGCACGUUAUCGAGGGGUUCGUCAUCCAGGAGGGGGCAGAGCCGUUCCCGGUGGGACGGUCCUCGCUGCUGGUGGGGAACCUGAAGAAGAAGUAUGCGCAGGAGCUGCUGGCCGAGAAACUCCCGCAGCAGGACAACACCACCACCACCGACUCCGAAAUGGAGGAGCCCUACAUGCAAGAAUCCAAAGAGGAGGGGAACCCCCCGAAGCUGAAGUGCGAGCUCUGCGGCCGCGUCGACUUCGCCUACAAGUUCAAGCGCUCCAAGCGCUUCUGUUCCAUGGCCUGUGCUAAGAGGUACAAUGUGGGGUGCACGAAGCGCGUGGGCUUGUUCCACCCCGACCGCAGCAAGCUGCAGAAACCCGGUGGCCCCCCGCACGGGCGCCGCCGCACUUGCAAGGUGCCCACCCUGAGCAAAGACACCAAGAAGCAGACGCCGGUUUCUCUCCCGACGGGCUCGGUGCCUCUCUCUGUGACGGCGUCACUGCAGCUCAACCACAGCCAGGAGGACUCGAGCCGCUGCUCGGACAACUCGAGCUACGAGGAGCCGCUGUCCCCCAUCUCAGCCAGCUCGUCCACCUCGCGCCGGCGCCAGGGCGACCGCGACCUCGAGCUGCGCGACAUGGAGCUGCCUGACAUGCACAUGCGGGACCUGGCGGGCAUCGGGCAUCGCUUCCUGCCCAGUGAGCCCAGCAAGUGGAACGUGGAGGACGUCUACGAGUUCAUCCGUUCGCUGCCGGGCUGCCAGGAGAUCGCAGAGGAGUUCAGGGCGCAGGAGAUUGACGGGCAGGCGCUGCUGCUGCUGAAGGAGGACCACCUCAUGAGCACCAUGAACAUCAAACUGGGCCCUGCCCUCAAGAUCUACGCCCGCAUCAGCAUGCUCAAGGACUCCUAGAGCCACGGCUGCCGGCCUGCACGAACGCUCCUGGCGGGGUGGGGAGGGGGGACCCGUGCCCCCCCCUCAUCCCUGCCCAGUUUGGGGGGCUGCAGGGUGGGAUGGGGAGGGAGGGCAGGGGGGGAUCCACUUGCUGAGCACAAACAGCCCCAGGGCAGCUCCCCUGCGCCCCGCAGCCAGGCCGGGGUGCAGCUCUGCUGCAGGGGUGUGUACAUAGCCCGUAGCGAUAGCUUCCCCUUGGGUGUGCCCCGUGGGGUGGCCCCUUCUCCGGCAGGGAGGGCCCCCGCGCCCCCCAGAAAGGCAGGGUGAAGCAGGACGAUUGCCUUAAUGUGUGGCCCUGCCAGGACCUGACAGGGGGGCUGUAGCCCCCCAAGGGGUGUUUCGGGGUGCCUCGUGGAAAAGGCGUCGCCCCCACCCUGGGCUGUUUUGGGGGCACCUUAGUAGAGGACGGCGGCAGUGGGGGUUCAGCCCCCCAAGGCAGGUAAGGAUCCCCCCAGCCCUCGCUGUCGCUGCUGCUGGCCACCAGUCUUUCUAAGAAAAGAGAAAAAAAAAAAAGGAAAAAACACAGAAACCACAACCCUUUUUUCCUGUUUUUGUUUUUAAUAAACACUGAAAAAAAAAA